UCCCUCCACUUCCAUUGAUUUCCCGCGUGAUUCCCAUACCUUCCCCUUUUUUCCCCUUUUCCCUGUAUAAGUACCACACUUCUCCUCAACAUUCAUCACCCCCUCACUCUCACUCUUUUCACUCUCCAAGCAUUUCUCAUGGCUUCCUCCAGAGCUCUUCUAACUUCCCUUCUCAUAUCUGCGCUUCUUCUUUCUUCCAACGCCGUCGACGCAGCCGCAAGCACCGUGGCUGAGACGGGAUUUGCGAAGGGUAUCAACAAACCAGCGAGGAGGUCUCUGUUGGCUACCAUAGACUGUGGUGCCGCAUGCGGAGGGAGGUGCUCGGCAUCUUCAAGACCAAACCUUUGCAAGAGAGCAUGUGGGAGUUGCUGCGCAAGAUGCAACUGCGUGCCCUCCGGCACCUCGGGCAACUAUCAGCAGUGUCCUUGUUACGCCAGUUUAACUACGCAUGGUGGCAAGAAGAAGUGCCCUUAAAACCCAUGUCCCGUCUUGAGUGUAGAGGAUGAGUAUAUGCAUAUACUAUAACAAAGUCUGUGAUCUACACUGGGAGGAUGACAAUAGUUGCACUUUGUAAAGAGUUCAGGUCCUCGAAGUGUUAUGCUCUAUUGGAAUAAAUAAAUAAUACAUGUUUAUGAAUAAAUGUUAUAUGCGACCGCAGAUGGCUAUAGAUUAUUUCUAUCAUAAUCAUUGCGAAGUCAUAGUAAGUUGUGCAGGAGCAAGGACAAGCAUGUUCAGCUCAGGUAUUUGGAAGAAAAAAAAGGCGAAGCUGAAACGAAACAAGAGAGAAUAAAUUUAUUAUGAACAUGAGCAAAACUGAAGGUAAACUGCAGCUUCAACUUCAAACAACACAAACUUAAGUA